AUGUAUCCCUCCGGCUCGAGUACGUUCACCGGCGGACCGGGUGUCGUGCGAAAGGGCGCGGAUAUUUCACUGGAAGGAGUCAAUGAGUGGAAGAUACAAGAGAUUGGAUACGACGGAGUAGAAAAAUAUAUCAAACCUCCUUCAUUUUCUGACAAUGUUGGGAAAUUGGCACGACAGGUGGACUGGAAGAAGCUGAUAGGUUCAGAUGCGCUUUAUGACAACCCAAAUUCAAUAAAGAGUGAAAAUGAGGACGAUGAGACUGUUGAAAAGAAGUCUGUUGAAAUUGAAGAGCGCGUUGUACCAGAAGCAGGUCCUUGGCAUGGCGUGGCAAAGUAUUUACAUGAGUCACUUCAACAGUUCAACGUUCUUCUUGACAACCUUGCAAUCAUGCGGGCUACUGAUUACAUGAAGCCGUUGACUAUUCUUGAUCCAAUUCAUGCGGAGUCAGCACCGAUGCAGACUGAAAAUGCCGCGGCAAGUAAAGCCACACAGUGGGUGUGGAAGCGAAAGGUUGAGUCGCAGAUAGAUUUGCUUUGUUGUGAAGAUAAUUGUGUAUUUGAUUCUGAGCGUUUUAUUAUACCUUACAUCACCUUUCAGGCAUUAUUGGAAGCGAUGAGUGUCCUUGAAUUGGCGCAACGAUUACGAAAUGUUGAGGUUGAAGAUGAGGUGCACCAGCAGAAAAGUCAAUUCUUUAUGGAGCUGACGAAAAUGCGUGAGUAUUGGAGGGUUAGAAAAACUGGUGAUCACAUCUAUGGAGACCUUGGCUAUCGCAUCUUUGGUUCAAAGUACAACCCGCGGGAACUGUUCGAUAUAACAAGAAUAUCGUUGCCUCCUGGAACUUCAAUCGAUGCAAACACAACUGUACUGCAAGUGACCGUUCCUCGUGACCUCACUCGUCGCUCUACGUUGUCUGUAUCAAUAGUUAAAGAUGACUAUACUAACCGUGAUUUGUUCGCGAGUUUGGACGAUCAUCAGUUUGAAUACAUGAAAAUAGACAACAGUAAAAUUGAGUCUAUUCAUUGGAGCGAUGCUCUCAAAUGGGCUCAAGAAACUUUGAUAUGCAAGGACAUUUUCAACACUCUGUGCUCCGAUGCUGUUCAAAUGCGGAGUCGCUUAUCUACCAUUCGGGAUGGAGUGCUGCUUGAGGGAGAUCUACCAGAAGAAGGAUGCCCAUAUUUGAAUCGAUCACUUCGCGAAAUGAUGGUUGCACAAGAGUGCACUCGGUGGGUACGCCCGCAAGCCUUUGUGUCUCUGCCAUUGACAAAUCUCAGUGAAGCACUUGAUGCUCGUGGACCAAGAGCAUUUACGGCACGAGAG